AUGGGUGAGAUGAAAAUAAUUUCCGAACUCGAACAAGCCGACCCUCAAGCCGUGACCAAUCUCAAGAAAUGGGUCAACGGUACGGGAUCUAUAGCGCGAGCCGAGAGCAGGUUCCUGAACUACCCACUACAAGAGCUCCUAAGUACCAGUCCCCGGGAUGAAUCUGCCAUGAUAGGACUCGAAAACAACGUGGCUGAGAAUCUGCUCCGUGUGCGAGAUUACGUCUUCCCGGUAUUUCAACCCUUCCUGCACUUAUACGGUAUUCCCCACCAUACUGACACUCUUUCCAGAGCUAUUCCCCGAAAGCUUCAAGAGACACUGCCCAUAUUUACAUCCCUACAAGAUCAACUGCGGCUCUCAUCUUCUGUGCCUUGA